UAUAUUAAAAACUUGCGAUCAUGUUCAAUUAUAUUACGGAUUUUCAGUGGAAAACUGUGAAAAAGAUUUCACUUUGGAUGUGUAACAGUGUUGUAUUUAACACCAGUUAUGGAUAUAUUUAAAUUCCGUUUAGUAGAUAAAUCGCUUUUUUACUUUGAUGGUGGUUUUAUGAUCCAGAAAGAAUAUGGAGUUAUCGAUAGGUUUUUAAUAGAAUUUUUAUGAUACCAUCAAUUAUGUGAAAUAAUCCGUAACAUAAUCUUGUAGUGAUAAUAAUGCCUUUUAUAGAAAGAGAUUAAUAGCUUAUUAUAAGUCCAAUCUAUUUAAGAGAUCAAAUAAAAGAUAAAAUGAAACCUGCAGAUUGUAUGCACUGACUUUUUCUCUGCUAUUGUGAAAUCAUUGAAAUGGAAUAAUACGGGAACUUUCUGACACGGUGUUUAGGUCUUCAGGAAUCCCGUAGUAUUGAAUUAUUAAUUUCACCUAUAUAAUGGAAGUCAAUAGAGGAAUGAUGUUAAAUCAAUUUUGCUCAGUUUAAAAUGGGAAACAGUUUGCUUUCAUUAAUUAAAGUGAAAUUAUUAUUAUAAUUCUUCAAGUGAGGUGGUUUUUAUAUGAAAGGAUUGUAAAUUGAGCAAUUGAAAUAUAUAAGGAGAAAUAAAAAUGGUGGAGACGCCAGUUAAACUAGUUGUACAUGAUUCUUAUUGUGAAUUGAUAAUGUAUCCACCACAACAACUGCAUCAGCCAAAAAGGCGGAAAAAACGUCCAAUUCAUGGCCUUAAAACUGUGGACGUAGUUAGAGGCAAAUCUGGAUAUGGAUUCACAAUCUCGGGUCAACAUCCAUGUGUGCUGAGUUGCAUAGUGAACAAUAGUCCGGCUGAACGUGUUGGUUUGAGACCAGGUGACUAUCUCAUGAGUGUAAAUGGUAUAGACGUGUCAAAACACAGUCACGAUGACGUCGUUUGUAUGGUCGGCACAUCCACCGGAACAUUGACUAUUCAGGUUGCGGAAAAUUAUAAUAGCAGUGACUCCUCAGAUGAUGACUACUAUCAUCGUACUAAAGCAAAGUACCCGCACAGGUCACGUAAAGGUCAUAAAGGUUAUAGUGAAAAAAUGGAGAAAUUGCUAGCAGACAUUAGUCAGAGGGAUCGUCCUGAUGGUCAUACUCACGAUCCUAAUUCGCGACCUUUACCAAACAAUUUUGACAAUAAGAAGUUAGAAGCCUCAAAACAGAGGUCAUCUCGACCACGAUUGCAUACGCCUGUUGGUGCGGAGAACCACGAAAUUCAGUCUGUGGGGACAAGCUAUAUUGAAGCAGGGGCUAGUAAUGUAUUCAAAGUGCCUUUUCAAAAAAGUGCGUCUGCUUCUAAUGUUCCGUCUGCAGCAAGUUUACCAAUGCAUCGAAAAGUUGAACCAAAACAGGCCUUUAUAAAGAGUACAUCACAGGGACAUGUUAAAUCUCUAUCUGGGACGAACACUGUGAGAUCCCUUCCUAGUCAGUUUAAACAUGGUCGUAUGUAUGAUCAGUUUUCUCCAAAUAGUUUACAGCAAAUUAUCAAUCAUUCAUUACAUUCAUACAGUGCGGCCAAUGAGGCAUUUAUUCUCAAUGAGGAUGAUUUUGAUGAUGACGACGACGAUGAUAAUGCUUUAGUUCCGCUGCACUCGGGACAAGAUGUGAGAAUAGUUGUUGGAUAUAUUGGCUCACUUGAAAUGCCUGGAGAUGCUCAUCAGCCUCAUGUUAGAAUACAGUCAAUCAGAAACGCUGUGAGAAGGUUACGCGUCGAGCAAAAAAUUCAUACUUUAGUUUUAAUGGUUGUAUCCCCAAACAGUGGUGUCAGACUGAUAAAUAUGAUGGGUAAAGAGAUAGCAUUUUAUCCCGUUGAAAGACUUGCAUUUAGUGGUGUGUGCCCAGAUGAUAAGCGUUUCUUUGGAAUCGUGACCUUACGCAGUGUCUCGGAUGAUAGCGACAGUGACUCUGAUUCUAGAGAAGAGCUUGUUGGGAGCUCGUGUCAUGUGUUCAUGGUCGAUCAGGAGCUUACAGCACAUAAUAUACAUGCAUUGAAAGCGAAAAGUUUUGGUAUUACCUGUACCGUUGACCAACACACGCAAAGAUGUAUGGAGUUUCCAAGAUCAACGACUCCUAUUAUUUUGUCAAUAUCAAACCUUUAUAAAGAUAGGCCAGGUGCUAGGAUAGAGAAUGACAUGGCAAGAUCUCAAGUGUUCUCUAAUCCUAGUCAGCCUGUUGAACAUAUGCGUAUGAGUAGUUCUAGCAGUAACAACAGUAACAGUGAUAGUGGCUUAGGUCUAGGAAGGGAUGACAGUAGACCAGAACGGGCACCAGUUUUAGCUGAGAUGCCUCCCCCACCACUGCCAGUGAGGGAAAAAUCAACACCCCAACUUCCGCAGGUGAAAUGGUCUGGUAAUACAAUGUAUCUGAUGGAUGGACCAGUGAAGCAAUCAAAAACUCCGAAACCGAAUUCAAGUUUAAGUUCAUUAACAUCACGAGAAAAUAGUCUAGAUAUUUCAGCAAGCAAUGAUGAAUUUAUAAGAGCCACGGACAGGCUUAAUAUUCGUGCAAUGCCAAAUGUGUCUCCAAAUAUGGGACGUCCAUCUGCUGACGGGCUCGAGAACCAAAAUGCCGCUGAGAAUCUGCGCUUAGGAAUGCAAAAAUUACUCCAGGCUAGACAACGUCAAGCUGGUCUCGACCAGACUAGUAGUGAUACAGAGUCCCGCAGUUCUAGAAGCGACACACGCAUGUCGACAUCAGAUUUACAAGAACGUCCAUUAUCGGCCCCGUUUAAGUAUUUAUCCGAGGAUUCUAGCAGUGACGUUAAAUCAAGUUUUAUGCAUCUUAAACAGGAUUCAGAAUCCAGUCUCGCAGAUAAGCUGUCUCCACGAGCAUUCCUGUCGUCUGCAUUUACUCCAGUUGGGUCUGUUGGCUCGGCUUUUAAGAAAACACGUUCAAGGCCACGACUACAGGAGAUGAGGUCACCGUCUGCCCCGCCUAUUCCAAGUUACCAUGGAGAUGAUGAAGACAGUGAGGAAGAAAAUGUAAACAAAAUUAUCAAAAGGUUUCAAAAAGACCGAUCUUUAGGACUGGGCAAGGAUGGAAAAGAAUCCCAAGAAACAGAUAACGUGGACCAGUUAAAG